AACUCCACAACGCGUGCCGGUAACUGUUCUUGACCACCACCACGACGCGUGCGAAGCCGUACCUUUCCCGCCCCUAUGCAGUCGAGCGGCAACACGGUGAAGAUAUACAAUGCCGUCUACUCAUCCGUGCAGGUGUACGAAUGUAUGAUCAGGAAUAUCGCGGUGAUGCGCCGACGCGCCGAUUCAUACGUGAACGCGACGCAAAUUCUCAAGGUGGCGGGUGUGGACAAGGGAAGACGCACAAAGAUCCUCGAGAAGGAGAUUCUACCUGGGAAACACGAGAUCGUGCAGGGAGGCUAUGGGAAGUACCAGGGAACCUGGAUUCCUCUGGAGCGUGGCCGGGAUAUCGCGUUACAAUACGGUGUGGGCCCGUUGCUGGCCCCUCUGUUCGACUUUAUACCUAGCACAAGCUCGCUGGGACCACUUCCUCUCACCGCGCCCAUCGGGGCGAACUCUCCCCGGCCCUUGUCUGCCGCCUCAUCCUAUGGCACACUUCCGGGCUCGCAGGGAAGCUACUCCGGACAGAUACCUUCCAGUCUCGCGCCACCGCCCAUUAUGCCCGGCUCUGCCCUUCGUCUCCUCAACCAGGGACGCGCGCAGGGCCUUUUCACGCCUUCAACGACAGGGCAGCGUCACGGCUCGGGAUUUGUAUCGCCUUCGUAUGGCUCGUCAGCGUUCUCCCCAACUGCCGCCCACACUCCUCCGCCGACCGCUCCCAACUCGUUGAAGCGGAAUCGGUCGGAAGCAGAUGUGGAUGUUGCCAUGAGCGCUCCAGAAUACGGCAGCAGUGUUGAAGGUCGACCAGCUUCUGUGGGGCCGCAAGCCAAUGCAGAUGGGGGGCCUUCAGCCACGAAACGCGCGAGGACAGAUUCAGCACCUCCAGCACCGGCGCCAACAAACACUCCACCAACUCCUGUUGCCACUGCCACUGCCACUGCCACUACUGUGAGCGACGGGCCCAUGAAUGGGACGUCUCGCCCAGUCAGUACCAAACCCCCGGAUGCUCCUCCUGCGAACAUCACUUACGAAACGCGCUUCGCGAGCAAACCUUCUAUUCCUCGAAACAUCGACCCGACAGCGCCGAUUCGGGACCAACGCCGACAAUCUGCCAUCAGUGCAAUAUGCAACACAGAUGACCCUCAUGCCGUUCUCGAUCUCCUGCGGGAGUUGACACCCGAGGCCGUCGUCAACACUAGCAAUACGAAUCCUCCCCCAUUUGAUGCGGACACGAUACUCGACGAUCAAGGGCACAGCGCCCUGCACAUCGCGGCUGGCCUCGCGCAUCUGCGGACAGUGGCGUCGUUGAUCGUGCAGGGCGCAGACAUCCACCGUGGGAAUCAUCUGGGCGAGACGCCGUUGAUGCGAGCCUGCCUUGGGACCCAUGCCUGUGACAAUUGCACCUUCGACACGCUCAUCACCACACUUGGGUCGUCUGUGCGCACUCUCGAUACUUCACGCAAAUCUGUGCUCCAUCACGUAGCCUCUGUGGCCGGCGUCAAAGGCCGCGCAGCCAUCGCUCGAUAUUAUCUGGACAAGAUCUUCUAUUACAUUGCACAGAACCAGGGCGGACAGUUCAAGACGUUUGUUGACUUGCAAGAUGAACAUGGCGACACGGCAUUGAAUAUCGCGGCUCGGGUGGGUAACAGGAGUAUGGUCCGGACUCUGCUGGAUGUCGGCGCGAACCGGAUGCUCCCCAACAAGCUCGGGCUACGACCCGGAGACUUUGGGGUCGAAACCGAGGAACUGAGCACGGCUCCAGCGGACAUCCUGACAUCGUUACGGUCCGGUCCUCCACCUCCCGUACAGAAAAGCCAAGAUGUGAUAGCAGAUAUGACCUCGAUGAUUCAAGGCUUGAGUAACGAGUUCCAGCACGAAAUCAAGUCCAAACAGGACGCGCUCGAUGUCACGCAAGCUCAUCUCCGGGCCGCGACGCGCGAACUAUCGGAGCAGCGCAAACAGAUCCAAACAUGGCAGACCCGCUGCGGCGAGCUAGACCAGGUGCAUCAGCGGAUACGAAAUCUCGAGAAAGCGUUGGUGGACGAGGACCAAUUCGAUUGGACUGGGCGCAGCAACGGCAGCGGGGAUCCUGAUGCGGAAGGCGAGGUCGAGGACGAGACCGAAGAUGUGAAUGCUGGAGACGAGAACAAUGGCGGCCCUGCAUUCCAGUGGCGGGGCCCCAACUCGACGAUGAUCGGAGUGGAUGGUGCCAUCGACCUACCACAGGAUGUCGAUCCCGAGCCGCCGAUUCCGACUGCAGACGACAUCCCGAGCCUCAUUCGUCUGCGGCGGCUCAAGAUGUGGCACGCCCGAAUGGAAGAUCUGAUCAAGUCGCGGCUCAAAGGAUUGCAUGGAGUGAGCUCGGAGAAGGAGUACCAGUGCAAGAAGAUCAUCUCGCUGUGUGCUGCGAUCCCCAUUGACAAAGUCGAAGAAAUGCUCGAGAACCUGGUGAUCGCUGUGGAAAGUGAUCCGCAGAUGCUGGACAUCGGUCGAGUGUCUGGUUUCAUGCAAAAGGUGCGCGAUCUUUGAGUCGUUGGCCGCACGGACCCAUGAGAGUGCUCCAGGUUCGUGACGGGAUUGUGUAGCGUCGGCCAUGUCUUCCUCUCCGUGUAUGAUUGAAUUCUAUUUUGCCCGCCCGCCCUCACGCGUCGUGCGUAUAUCACGCGAUUACAUCAUCACAGAGGUGCCCGAGAGAUCUAUUUACAUAAACCGAA